AUGGAAGCUCCAACCCUCGUUCUUCUUCCUUUCCUCGUCCUCGUGGUUUUGAUACUCUCUACAGGAAAAUCUGUUUGCGUAGGCAAGCAUAUAGCACCGAAAACAUUCCCGGUCAUCGGAUGCUUAAUUUCCUUCUAUAAGAACCGAAACCGGUUGCUGGAUUGGUAUACGGAGCUCCUAACCGAAUCACCAAGUGGGACAGUGAUCAUUAAGCGCUUGGCAGCCCGGAGAACGGUGGUGACGGCCAACCCAUCCAACGUCGAGUAUAUUCUCAAGACAAACUUUGAUAACUACCCGAAAGGCAAACCCUUCACGGAGAUUCUCGGAGACUUUCUCGGCGAUGGGAUAUUUAACGUUGACGGGAACCUGUGGUUAAAGCAGCGGAGACUCGCUACUCAUGAUUUCACCCCAAAGUCGCUUAGAGAGUACGUUGCCGUUUUGAGGAAGGAAGUGCAGGACGAGCUUUUGUCCUUCUUGGACGCUGCGGCCAAAGAUUCUCAACCCUUCGAUCUCCAAGAGCUUCUCCGGAGAUUCACUUUCAAUAUCGUCUGCAUUGUUUUCCUCGGGAUCGAUGGUUGCAGUUUAGACCCGUCGUUUCCGGUUUCUGAGUUCGAUCGAGCGUUUCACACCGCGGCUGCGGUUAGCGCUGGACGCGGUUCCGCACCGCUGUCUUUCGUGUGGAAGCUGAAGAGACUGGUCGGUUUUGGAUCUGAGAGAGAUCUCAGAAAUGCUGUCCAAAAAGUUCAUAGCUGCGUCAAUGAGAUCAUUCGAGAGAAGAAGAUUAAUAACACCACCAAUUCCAAGAGCGAUUUUCUGUCGCGGUUGAUCGUCGCGGGAGAAAGCGACGAGGCUGUGAGAGAUAUGGUGAUUAGUGUUGUAAUGGCCGGGAGGGACACGACGUCUGCGGUCACCACACGCUUGUUUUCCAUAAUCUCCUGUCACAAGACAACCGAGCGUGAGCUAGUUAAUGAAAUCAGAUCGGUUAAGGAUAUAACCAGCUGGGGGGGCUUCGAUUACGAAUCGCUGAAGAAACUGAGUCUGUUGAAAGCGUGCUUGUCUGAAGUGAUGCGAUUGUAUCCUCCGGUGCCUUGGGACUCCAAACACGCCCUAACUGAUGACCGUUUACCAGAUGGUACGGGGGUGCGUGCGGGAGACCGGAUUACGUAUUUUCCAUAUGGGAUGGGAAGAAUGGAGGUGCUUUGGGGAAAAGAUUGGGAUGAGUUUAAACCAGACCGAUGGUUUGAUGAGUCUUAUGAUCAUAAGACCAGAGUUUUGAAGAAAGUCAACCCUUUCGAGUUUCCGGUUUUUCAAGCCGGUCCGAGGGUUUGUCUCGGGGAAGAGAUGGCGUACAUGCAGAUGAAGUACGUUGUGGCUUCCAUGCUUGACCGUUUUCACAUUGAACCGAUUGGUACGGACAAACCGGUUUUUGUGCCAAUGCUCACGGCUCACAUGGCUGGUGGGAUGCAAGUCCGCGUUCGCCGGAGAGAUGGAUCUCGAUGAAGAGAACCAGAUUUUGCAUUUUCUGUCCAAAUAAAGUCAAAUGAUCACUAUGGUUCUUUUGAAUGUAAGUAAAAUGUUUCCACGAUCAUAUUUUCUCUUUUCUUCUUUGGGUAAACCAACCCACACUUUAAUUUUCGAGACUUAAUAAACAUCAGUAAAAACUUAUAUACUUUUGUUGCAAAAAUAAAUUUAGUUGAGAAGCAAAUUAGUGACACGUGUAUUAAAAGCAACGUGAGAGUACAUUCGUUAGUAUUGUUAAAUCCGAGUGAUAGUACAUUCCUAAUAAAUACUAGAUCUAC